AUGGCAUUUAUAAAGGGAAUCCAUUCAUUAUCUCCUAUAGAUAAGUGCUUAUCUCUUAAAUCUAAGAAAAGAAAUCAAGAAGCAUAUGAUUUAUUAAAAAAGAUAGAAUCAUUAGUUACGCCUAUUAUGAGGUCUAGAUCAUUGAAAGUAUCCGUAUUGGCUGAGUUUUUCCCGAAAAAUAAUGCUUUAUUGGGUCUUAAUAUAAAUAGAGGAUCCAAGAUUUGUAUUAGACUAAGAAUGCAAAAUGAUGAGAAUACAUUUUAUUCUUUAGAUUAUUUAAUUGAGAUAAUGCUACAUGAAUUAACACAUAAUGUUUAUUCAUCUCAUGACGCAAAAUUUUAUGGAAAGCUUUUUUUUUACAUGUUAAAUGAGUUAAAUUCAGAGUUCAAUCAAUUGCUCUGUUUUGGUAAUAUCAAGCAUGGGCUUUAUUCUAAAGAUUAUGAAGUCAAUGGAAAUAUUUAUCGUGAUUCUUUACAUUAUAAAACAAACAUUUUAGAUCAGAGAAAACGAUCAAAUACUUUAACCAUAGGUUCUGUAUCGAGAUUGGGAGGAAGUGGAAACGUUGAAAAUAAACCAUUAAGAGAUUUGAUACGAGAAGCAACUGAAAAACGGAUUAAAAGUCUGAAAUGGUGUAUAACUGAAUCAAAUAUUAUAAUUGAAGAUGAUGAAAUUUAUUCUGGAUUUAAAAAAGAUAUAUCGUCUUCAGAAUUAUUGGAUCCAGGUCCUGAUUUAAAUAAUUCCCAAAUAAAAAAUAAAAAAGCAUUAACUUCGAAGCCUAAAUCUUUUCAAAAAGAUAUUAUACUUGAUGAUUUAUGGUCAUGCACAUUUUGUACGUUUAAAAAUAAUGGAAAUUAUCUACAAUGCGAAGCAUGUUUAUCUGAGCGUUCUUUUAAUACAUUUGAAUCUUUUAAUAAGAAAUGGGAGUGUACCAUAUGUUCAUAUUUUAAUGAAAAACAGCAAUAUUCUUGCGAAUUUUGUAAUGUUAUACGAGCUUAA